AGUUUUUUUUGUUUUUUUGUUUCUCCCCCCCUGGCCUGCAGGCCUGCCGCGCUAGUAGUUGUUUUCUUACCCGAGCCUCAUUCAUGCUGACUCUUUUGCUGAGCCGCUGCUGGUGUGUCACCAACACAGGGCCGCAACGGAAAUUUCCUUGCAGCUGCUAGUGUUCUUUUAGAGACACAGGGAGAUUACGAAACUGCAAGUGCAUUGCAAUUAGUUAUUUGAAUUCUUUUGUGUAGGCUUGUUCUGCCACCAGUUUUGAUGAGAACUUUCCUCUGAAACGAAAAAGCUUGGUGUUACCCCCGGCCAUUGCGAUGCAGUGACACGUCGCAGUUCGCUGCGCAUCUUGUUGGCCAUGUGGCUUGUGUAUUGUAGCCGUGCGUCUCUGCUAGUGCCAUUCGAGCUGUGUCAAGUUAGCAGCCUGUGGGAUGACAGCACAAGUAUCCUCAGGAGAGAUGGAGUCGGAGACUGAGCGAAUAAGGAGCUACCCAUCUACUGUGCCCGAAGAGGUCGCUCUGAAUUUCGGCGUGGCCGGUUUUUACUACAUAAGUGGAUCUUUCCCUGUUCUGUCUGUGCGGUGCUUUGUCUGCGCUCUGCACUUCGAAUGCAACAGUGCAAAGAGCAACCCACUGGCUGAACACGUCAAGCGCAACAAUCAGUGUGGAUAUCUUCGCAGUGUAGCUAGUAUUGGUGUUACUGCCCCUGUAGCCAGUGAUGACCAUUCGGGAGCGCCAGAACGCUCCGAAGAAGUAGACAUAGAUGGAUUUGACGUCGAUGAAAAUACGGUCGACUUGACAGCAGAUUUGGAAACGCGCCUGAUGACAUACGACAGCGAGCGCUGGCCAAAAGAUUGCCCGGUGGAAAAGGAAGACCUGGCGGCAGCCGGUUUCUAUUUCACAGGCAGGGCAGAUCAAGUACGAUGCUAUGCUUGCAUGUCAGUAUUUCAUCGCUGGGCUCCAGGCGAUAACCCACUUGAUGAACAUCAACGCAUGGUUCCAGACUGCAAAUUUCUACGCAGUCUCGUUACUGGCGAUAAAUUCACACUGGCGGACAGAUCGGGAGAACUGCUUGCUGAUCCGCAUGAGCACAGUCCGUUUAUGCACUCUGAGCGACAUCGGCUCGCAACGUAUGCUGACUAUCCGGAAGAAGCGACCGUCACAAUGCCACCGUCGGCCCUUGCCCGCUCUGGUUGCUACUACACAGGGAACGGUGACACUGUCCGCUGCGCAUUCUGCCGUGUGGUGCUGCGCGAUUUUCAGCCUGGCAAUUUCGCUCACCGUAUGCAUCGUGCCGAGUCGCCUUUCUGCACUCUUGUGCGGGGCUCGUGCACUAUGAAUGUACCUUUGGACAGCAGUCUGGUCAAGGUCGGGAUGGAGGACGAGAGAGCGCGCUUUGAAUCGUUUGCUAACUGGCCCAAGCAGCUUGGUGUCUCGGUUGGGGAGCUGGCUACAGCGGGCUUGUAUUACUCCGGCACUGGCGACCACGUGGUGUGUUACUCCUGCCUGAACCUGUUCUCGGACUGGAGCGCCGGUCAGCUGGGUGUGGAUCGUCACAAGGCUACCGUGCCGUCAUGCCUGCACGUCAACGGUGCCAACCGCAAGAACAUUCCUGCUCUGAUGCCGCAGGUGAAGUGCACCGUUAUCUACGGUGAAGAGAAAGCUCGGCGGCAGUCGUUCGCCAAUUGGCCAUCGUAUGUUGGCGUGGAUGGUGAUGACUUAGCCGAGGCGGGUUUCUUCUUUACAGGUGAAUUUGACAUUGUCCAGUGCGCGUUCUGUUCCGUGCAAGCUCGUCACUGGCGUAGGAGCCACUCUCCACACAGCCGCCAUGAAGGUUUGUCACCGUCCUGCGAGUUCAUUCGGAAGCACUCGCGGGCGCGUGCAUCCUCGCCCGUUGCUGUUCAGGCACCCAUUGCUGGUGCUGCUGCCAUGCGUAUUUCUGUUACACCGGAACCCCGUCAAGCCGCACGAUUGCUGGAUACACCAACUUUCACAGCGUCAUCUUCAUUUUCUAGCUUGGAUGUUGGUGUUGUUGGAGACGAGAGACUUCUUCUAGAUGCUUCAAGUUGCCCGAAUUUUUCUGACCCCAGCAGCAGACCGUAUGCAACCCAACCAGCACCAUUCUCGCCUCGAGAUAUAAGCAACGUGAAUAGUGAUGGUCGCGCUCGAUUGCAGUUGAAUCGUUCUCUCAGCUGUAGGGAACCAGUACCUCGAACUGAGAAGGAUAUUGAACUGGAGCGGAUUAAGUCUGCACGGAGCUGUGUGAUCUGCCUGGACCGAGAAGCGUCGCAGUUCUUCAAUCCGUGUGCCCACUUGGUGUGCUGCGAGCCAUGCUCGCAUUUGCUGACCAAAUGUCCUAUGUGCCUAAGGACUAUCGGAUCCUCCACUCGUGUUUUCUUCCCGUGAUUGCUUCUUCGUGCGAAGACUGCACUUAGACAAGUAAAAUGUUCAGAAUGCCCGAAGUUGAAACCUGUUGCUGUGUUGUUGUGCUUGCAGUUUCCAAGUGCUUACAGCUUGUCUUUUGUGCCUGUACAUGUACGAGUUAUUAUUGUGAGCUGGUAUAUACUUUUUACCCCUUUGAGAGACUGACUUGAUGGUUGUACUCAGAUGAGAUUCCAGCGAGCAGCUGGCUUAUUGCCGCACCCCUACUCACUCGUAUUUGCUUGUUUUAUUUUCCUGCUACUGAAGUACAAAUAUCUUCCAGGCACCCUGUUGUCCAUAUGUUUUCACUGUAUUUUCUGUAGAUGCUUGAAGUUGAAGUUUCUUAGGCCCUCAUCAGACUACGUACAUAGAACAUCCAGUACAAAAUCACAUAAAACCUAAAAGGCAACAUUUUUCCAAGCCUGCAUUCAGACUACACAUUUUACAUGCAAUAUACAGGCAACCUUUGACCCUACGCUAUUGCGCAAUGGACCUGGGAUGUGUGAAAGCAGCCGGCAGUCGUACCCGGGUUCAAAGUCUGUACGUUUGUACAACUACCUGGUGAGAAAGUACGAUAAAUGCAGGAAAGUUGCCUUCUACAAGGGUUCGCACCCUGCCUGAAAGGAUCGGGCAGCUUUUUAGGCUUCCCGCCAGAUUUUUGUUGUCUUGGAAACUUCUAUGUAAAUGUGACUUAUAGGCUGAAUUUUGCUGAAUCAUCUUCUUUUCUACCCGAUUGAUACUGGUGCAGUGUUGUCGGUUGUGGCCAUAUCAGGAUUAUCAGCACUCUAACUUUUCUAAAUUA